AUGCAAGCUAGAAACGUAGAGGCGGUUUUCAAAUUAGACCAAAAACGGGAAAAGGAGCUAAAGAAGAUAAUAACAAGAAUACGGAUAGGAAGAGGCAAGGGAAAAGACAUAUGGGAUAUUGUUGAUACAAUUGAAAGCGAAGAGGUGCAGGAGAUAAUAAUGAACGGGCUGGAGUGCGGAAGAAUAGUAAACAGCGAGGGGAGCUGGGACAGGAACAUGGAAGUGAUAGAAGGCGACAUCAAGGCCAUGUUUGUGGAGGAAAUGAAAAAAGAGCUGACCGGCGAAGAAAUCAAGGAGCUGAAAAAAGAGGUGGAGGAAAUGAAAAAAGCUCUGGAAAAGGAGCGGCAGGAAAUAAGCAAAAUGAAAAAUGAGCUGGAGAAGGAAAGGAAGGCGUUGCAGGACGAGGCGGAGCGCGCGAGCAAAAGGAACCUGGGCAUAAAGAGAUGCUACACCUGUGGAAAACUGGGGCACACCACUUCGGUGUGCUAUUAUGCAGAAAGGACAAACGAAAACGAGUUCAUAAAUAAACGGGAAAGUUCCUAUUUGUGUAGAGUAGAUUACAGCCGCGAAAAGGAAAAGAAAUGGGGGUUCAGAGAAAGAGAAGAGCUGCAGGAGCAGAAGAAAGCCGCGGCCGCUGGGAUGGAAAGCGCGGGGGAUAGCGAGUGGACGCUUGUAGAGACGAAGGAGCAAGCACGAGCAAGGAAAGCAAGCGCAGAGGCCUCUGAAGAAAGCAGAAGAGCCGGUAAGGUGAUGGAGGUAAUUCGGGACAUGCUACUGAAAACAAAAGACAACAGCCAAAAAGCGCCUGUGGACAAGCAGCCCAUGUGUGUGGAGGAAGUGCCCAGCCUGCUAAGUAAGGCAUGCACACAGGAGGAACACGAAGUGUGCGAGAAAAAAACAGACGACUAG